AUGAACUAUAAAAUAAUCUCUUUUGGAAUGGUUUUGUUUGCCAUCUUCCUCACUGGCAGUGAGGCACCCUUCGUUAAAAUGACAAAUGCCAAGUGUCCGUCGUACAACAAAUCGUGGGUGGAGGUCCACUAUUGUCGCCUGAAGGCCUACUCCCGGAACAAGACCAGCUUGAAUAUAAAUGCCACCUUCCUACAGCCCGCAAACAAUAUCUUUCUCCGACUUAAAUUGAUGAAGAGGGCCAAUGGCUAUAAGCCAUUUCUUUGGGACUUCACCUUUGACGCCUGCGAAUUCAUGAGGAAACGGAAUCAGCCGGUGGCCAAGAUUGUCUGGAAUAUAAUCAAGGAUGUUUCCACAGUGAAUCACACCUGUCCUUAUGUUGGCUUGCAGGCAGUUAGCGAUUUCCACCGUGUUGAAAUACCCCUCCCAAUGCCAACUGGGGAAUAUCUUCUUUUGAUGACUUGGAUAUUCGAUGGUAAGCCGCAGUUUUCAACAGAUGUCUAUUUCACAUUUGUGGAGGAUUAUUAGGGCACAAGGCGUGAACAAAUUGUUUUCACUGAUGUAAUUGUCCAAGUGACUUAUGGAUUAAAAAUGAUACUGCUGA